AUGGCGUCCAUGCAACGAGUUUCUCUGCCAGGGCACAAAGCACACUCUUUCAAGGACCCGGAAGCACCCAGCGUACGGGACACUGGACGGCAGAAGAGAAGAACAAGUACCUUCGUGCUGGCUUUGCUUGCACACCAGCGAGCCAUAUCAGGUUGUCGGGACGUCAGCGGCGACGCAGGUAUCCGUCGUACAGUUUCCAAUUGGCGUCCCUUUUUGAUAGGUUCCUCUUCCGUUGGUUUAGUUCUUUUCCUUUUCCUGGCACAGCAGUGGAUCGUCAAGGGCGCGUUGUGUGCACCUGGUUCCAUGAGCGCCAUCGCACGCGCGCGCUCAAAAGCCGGCAUCGAGUUGACUUCUCCCGGUGCUCGGCGACUGGCCGAGCGCGAUACCGAGGACGACGAUACCGGCCACUUUGAGUCUAUAGAGGAGGAGCCGGCGUCGUGGCUGCGCGCCCCAGCCACAGGUGUGAAGCGGACUCCCUGCGCCCGGCGCCGCUCAGCGGACGAAGAAUUGGCUACCAGACCGCACCUCAUGUGCGGGUGUGUAGGUUGUAACAUUGGGGAGCCCCUGAGUGUGCACGCAUGCACACCUGUAGAAGCAUCAACAUGUGCCACAUCGUGUGUGGGCCUCUACGCGUCAUCCCUGCGACCAGACGUGUCAACGACCGUUGUUGUUUGUUUCCUGAGGAAGCCUCAUUAUCAGCUAUUGCCGCUCGGAAGGCACGGCACUUCCCAGCCUCUCCGCGUCCUCGGUUCCGAACGGGUGGAGAAGGCCACAUCUUCAGCACGGGGCAUCGCACCUCGUGGGGAGGUGUGGUAUUACUGCAGUACCCAGGGAUCCACAGACCGCGCCUUGCUUCUAGAGACGCAUCCAGCAUGUUUCCUCUGCGGAGGAAGCCAGAGACUGCGCGAGGAGGUGCAAGUGCUGCAUCAAGAACGCAUAGCAACCCACGAGGAGAACAACGCUCGGGGAGCAGCACUCGUUGGGGUGAAUGAGCAGCGCACGCGGGUGGCAUCCUGCGCGGGGACAUCCGGCAGCGCGUCACGCCCUAAAGACCAAAUACGGCAUAUGCUAUACCUUGUUGAAGGCGCCUUUGCGACGCAGCACACGCAGCGUACACAGCCUGAAAGCGUUCGUACGCUCUCCUCCCACCGUGAACAAGCUUCCACAGCUGCAGCUAAUGACUGCGCAGUCGACGAAUCCGCUCCCACGGGUGGCCCGCUACUUUACACGGAUAAGACCUACGGCGGCUAG